UGACUUCGGAUGACCCAAAAGGAGGGCUUGGUGUCCUCGGUGGAGGAGGGCGGGGAAGAAGAGGAGGAAGGGGCCAGGACUAUCAGCUGGAGGGCCGGGCUGAGCUCCUGAUGGACAGUGGAUUUCUCUGGGAAGAAGAGCCAGUUCUGCAGCUUACCUGGGAGAGGAAGAGAGGCUGUCGUAAAAGGAGGAAAAAAACGGCCGAGGAGGGAGACCCGGGUGCUCGCAGAGCGAAAGAGCGUGUAGGAGACACUCCAGCCCUUUCCCCUUCUCUGGCCAGCUGAGUGAGCCUCCUCAGCCACAAGUUUGCUGGAAAAUUCUGGCCUUGCACUAAGGCAGUCGACUCUCUUUUCUGGUGUGACCACAGAACCUGGAAAUGGCCUCCGUGUCAGGCACUUUUGUGAGCCGAAGCAUACCAGUGGAAGUCGAUGAAUCCAUGUCGUGGUCCCCAUUUCCUGAAGGUGUCUUGGAAGAGGCUUCACAGCCUUCUGGCGAGGAUGUGGAGGAUGAGGAGCCUCAGAGACGAUGUGCUGCUCGAACACCUGUGGCUGAUCCGUCGUGCCUCUGCAGAGCACCAGCACAUCACCAGCUGCCCGCGGAGCCAGACAGCAGGCUGUGGUCAAAAUACACCAAUCCUGAUGGAGAUGGGCGCUUCUGUUCCUCUGGUGAAUCAAUAGCUGAAGUAUUUCACCCCAAGAUGCAUCUUUUAGCUAUGGACAAAUCAGGCGUGCAGUCAAGACCACAGCUUUCAGCUGACACUGGGCACAAUUCCAGUAAGUCGGAGCAGAGCUUGUCUGAUGCUCCCGAGCCCUCACCGGAGGAGAGCAACAAAGGGAGUUCACGGUCACAGCAGCCCUCGGGAAGCAGACCCCCAGCUGAGCUGGCGACCGUGGACACAGGGUACAACUCCCAGUCGCGAGACGUGAUGGGCAUCAGGCACCUGGAGCCCCCCUUACCGCUUGUGUCCGUGCUGAACCCCCAGGACCUCCCAGGACCGCUGAUCUCCAGGGAGUUUUUUGGACCUGAGCAUCAGCAGUACCCCGUGUGCCAGCACUUGCCCCAUCCCAACGCUUCCCCGCAAGCCCACGGCUGCUUUGGGCACCGCUGCCCGGCAGAGCAGCACCUGCAGAGCCCAUAUGGCAGAGCUCCUUACCAGCAUUUUGCACAUACAUCGCAGCCACUUCCUCCUGUUCCUGGACCUUGCGUGAGGGUUAUCCGCCCGGCCCAGCAGGUCAUCCCAAACUGCUCAAACCUUCGUGCUCCCCAGGGCGCUGGAGACCGACCACCCCAGAGGCUGUGCUCCUCCCCUGGUCCUCCUCGGUUCCUAAACCAGAUCUACAACCAGCUACCUCAUGGUCAGCUACCCCUCAAUGCAUGUGGCCCGGAUGAAGCAUGCUGUUGUCCUUCUGACAAUUUUCCAUCUCCAGCUGCUGUCCCAAGACCUCUGAGUAACCCUGCAGCCAAGGGAACUCUGAGAACCAGCAAUUUGCCGGAGGAAUUGCGCAAGGUCUUUAUAACCUAUUCCGUGGACACAGCGGUGGAGGUCAUGAAAUUUGUGAACUUCCUGCUUGUAAAUGGAUUUCAAACUGCUAUUGAUAUAUUCGAGGACACGGUGCGAGGUAUUGACAUCAUAAAGUGGAUGGAACGCUACCUAGGUGAUAAGACGGUGAUGAUAAUCAUAGCAAUCAGUCCAAAAUACAAACAGGAUGUGGAAGGGGCUGAAUCCCAGCUGGACAGGGAUGAACACGGCUUACAUACUAAAUACAUCCACAGGAUGAUGCAGAUCGAAUUUAUACAACAAGGAAGUAUGAACUUCAGAUUCAUCCCUGUGCUUUUUCCAAAUGCCAAAAAGGAACACGUGCCUACCUGGCUGCAGAACACUCACAUUUACAACUGGCCAAAGAAUAAGAAGAACAUCCUUUUGCGGUUGCUGAGAGAGGAGGAGUAUGUUGCUCCUCCAAUAGGACCUUUACCGACACUCCAGGUUGUGCCGUUAUGAACAUUAUCACUUAAAGUGCACAAGAAGCUUUGUUGUUAAAGAGUUGCUUUUGGCAGGGAGCCAGCCUUCUUCCAGAUGGCUCUUUUUGAUGACAGAAGACACUCUUUCUGCUAAAGAAAUUAGCUGUCUCGGGUAACUCAGGCUCAGCUUGUUCCCCACCAUGUUAAACACCUAUUUCUGAAGCUGAUGGGGCAGAACUCUUUUCUCCUAGAUUUUUUUAAUAAGCUGCAAAUGGAAAGAAUGUCCAGCUUUAUUUUAACAUCUGUUUUGAACAUAUUCCUUUAUUAGUCAAUAUAGCAAACAAAUACCAGAAAUAAUGUUGCAAUAAGUGUAAAAUGAAAAUUACAUCCUCCUUUGUGCUCAGGGUUUCUUCAUAGACAUUCCUGCCGUGUACAGCAUUAACAUACAGUCACUUUGUACAUGCACUAUUAAAUAUAUUUGCCUUCUGUAAGGCUACCU